AUGAAAAUUUCGACAGAUAAAUUACAAUCAACACGCCAUAUUGAAUCCCUACGACGUACGACGUUAAUUCGCGCGACAUUUUCACAAUCGCGUAAACACUUUUGCGAUCUACUCUAUUCAUUUAUGAAGAUCGUCUCGUCAACACAAGCACUACUACCGAUUCUAAUGGCAAAUCAAGACUUUCUUGUACCAUAUCAGCAGACAAGCAACACAUCAUCACAAAAACGUAAAUCGACUCAUGUGGAAACAGUUAAACGACUACGAAUCACAUCAUCUUAA